UGGCCUUCUUCCAGGCACUGCACUCCUGGCUCCUUCGUACAUCAUCAGGCAAGCUCUGAAGCUCGGUAGGCAAGAAGAAACAUCCGGAGACGCAGCCUGUCUCGAAUCAAGAGGGUAAGAUGGCAUCGACAUUGUCAUUCCCCAUCAUCGACAUGGGUCUGCUCCGCGGGGACGAGCGGCCGGCGGCGAUGAACCUUCUGCACGAUGCAUGCGAGAACUGGGGCUUCUUCCAGGUCCUGGACCACGGCAUCUCGACGGAGCUGAUGGACGAGGUGGAGAAGAUGACCAAGGAGCACUACAAGAGGGUGCGGGAGCAGAGGUUCCUCGAGUUCGCGAGCAAGACGCUGGAGGACGGCGGCAAGGCGGCGGAGAACCUGGACUGGGAGAGCACCUUCUUCGUGCGCCACCUCCCGGAGCCCAACAUCGCCGAGAUACCCGACCUCGACGACGACUACAGGCGGGUGAUGAAGCAGUUCGCGUCGGAGCUGGAGAGGCUGGCGGAGCGGCUGCUGGACCUGCUCUGCGAGAACCUCGGCCUGGAAAAGGGGUACCUCACGCGCGCGUUCCGUGGCUCCAAGGGCGCCCCCACCUUCGGCACCAAGGUCAGCAGCUACCCUCCCUGCCCGCGCCCGGACCUCGUCAAGGGCCUCCGCGCCCACACCGACGCCGGCGGCAUCAUCCUGCUCUUCCAGGACGACCGCGUCGGCGGGCUCCAGCUGCUCAGGGACGGCGAGUGGGUGGACGUGCCGCCCACGCGCCACUCCAUCGUCGUCAACCUCGGCGACCAGCUGGAGGUGAUCACCAACGGUAGGUACAAGAGCGUGCUCCACCGCGUGGUCGCGCAGACCGACGGCAACCGUAUGUCCAUCGCAUCCUUCUACAACCCGGCCAGCGACGCGGUCAUCUUCCCGGCGGCGGCGCUGGUGGAGGCGGAGGCGGCCGGCGGGGCGUACCCGAGGUUCGUGUUCGAGGACUACAUGAAGCUGUACGUGCGCCACAAGUUCGAGGACAAGGAGCCCAGGUUCGAGGCCUUCAAGUCCAUGGACAGCCACAGCUCCAACCUCAUCGCUACUGCAUAGAGGUCUGAGAAUAAAGCUUCAAAACUGUGUCGAGUCACACAGAUGAAUCGCUAGUUGCCGUGGGGUCGGUCAUGUGUUUGUUUGGUAGCUAAUUUAUGUUUCGUUUUAUGAUGCACUACCUCUGUACCGAAAUACUUGUAGUUGGGGUACAGAGGGAGUAUCAUGUUGUUGUUUUUUGGGGGGAGAUGUAUCAUGUUGUUUCUGAUUGAAUGACGUAUCAUGCUCAAAGACAACGAAGUCUCGGUUGAAUGA